AUGAGAUUUCUUGCUGUCCCAUUUCUCUUCAUUUUCUUCCUCUUGCCAUCAGCUGAGAGUGUAACGUACAAUGUGCAGAGUUACGGGGCGAAAUCUGACGGAAGAAGUGAUUCCACGAAAUCUUUUCUGAGUGCAUGGGCUGCAGCUUGUGCCUCAGUUGAGCCUGCAACAAUUUAUGUUCCAGGAGGAAGAUAUUUGGUUGGUGGAGCAUCAUUUUCGGGCCAAAAUUGCAAGAAUAAUGCUAUAACCAUUCGCAUUGAUGGAACCCUUGUUGCUCCAUCUGAUUAUAAUGUCCUUGGACAUACUGGUAACUGGCUCACGUUUGAAAGAACUAAUGGACUUUCGAUUUACGGUGGAACUCUUGAUGGCCAAGGGACUGGUCUAUGGGCUUGCAAAAACUCCGGCAAGAAUUGCCCUACAGGAGCAACGUCACUGGGAUUCUACAAUUCAAACAAAGUCUUGGUCAGUGGAUUAAGUUCGUUAAACAGUCAAAUUUUCCAUAUCAUCCUCGACGGCUGCCAAAACACUAGGCUAGAAGGAGUAAAGAUUUCAGCUCCAGAAAACAGCCCAAACACUGAUGGAAUUCAUGUCCAAUCAUCUUCUGGUGUUGCAAUUACUAACUCUCACAUUGGCACUGGUGAUGAUUGCAUCUCAUUAGGCCCUGGAUGUUCCAACAUAUGGAUUGAGAAUAUCGACUGUGGUCCUGGCCAUGGAAUAAGUAUUGGCAGUUUGGGAAGCAAUUUGCAAGAACCAGGAGUUAAAAAUGUGACAGUUAAAACUGUUACACUUUCGGGCACACAAAAUGGUCUGAGGAUAAAAACAUGGGCAAUGCCUAGCAAUGGAUUUGUUACUGGAGUUCUGUUUCAGCAUGCAGUAAUGGUUAAUGUCCAAAACCCCAUCAUUAUCGACCAAAAUUACUGCCCAAAUAGGGCCAAAUGUCCUGGUCAGGCCUCAGGUGUGAGGAUUAGUGAUGUGACAUACCAAGAUGUACAUGGAACAUCAGCAACUGAAGUUGCUGUAAAUUUUGACUGCAGUAAAAAGUAUCCAUGCAGCCGUAUAAUUCUGGAGGAUGUCAAUCUUUCCUACAAAGAUCGACCAGCUACGGCUUCAUGUGUCAAUGCGGGCGGAUCUUCAUCCGGUCUAGCUGUGCCCAAAGCCUGUUUGUAGGAGAAAAUGCAUGAAGUUCCAUACAGUAUUUAAAAUACGUGCAAAAUAGUUGCACAAAUCUUGUAGAAAAUAAGGGCUCACUUAAGAAAGUGAAGCAGUCUAGCUUUUUAUAAUGGUACUGUCAAAGUGUAAAUCUUGCUUGUGCCUGUGGCUGGAUUGGCCUUGCGAUCAACACAUUAUUUGAUAUUAAUACAACAAAAUAUGUUCUUUUGUGGCUUGAA